UAGGGACUCAGUAUACACGAGACGAUCGAUCGCAGCACGAUCCUGUGACGAGAACGAGAUUGAGCUUGUUAUUGAUUGUUUAUCGUGACGGCGACAAUUGCACCUGUGACUGCACGUGCCGGCGUGAAGCGAGUGUCGCGACGUGGAGAACGAACGGAAAACGGAAAAGGAGAACGAGCAUAAUGAUGAUCAGCGGGAUUUCCAUCUCGAAGAUUGCUACCUGCAUUCUACUUGGAUGCUGCGUGAUGCUGCGAGUCACCGGCUCAGCGAUACCGAUGUGGGAAUUUCUUUCGAGAGAUGAGAAAAUGAGUCACCUGUACGGACUAUUCAGCAAACAAGUGGCACGGUUUUGCGCUGAUUCCUCGAGGCCGGAUUGCAAUAAGAACCUGCUCGUAACCGGCAUACGGAGCCUCGCCAGCAUGGACGACAACGUCCUCGACAGGUUGGACCCCUAUCAACGUGGCGCGAAGGAAAUGAUUUGGCACGCCAUGGUGGGAAGCAACAGAUUCGCAUCAAGAAUCAGCCACGAAACCGAGGAGUCUUACUUCACGACCGUAGCCGAUUUAGCGAACAGCGGUAGUGAGACGAACGGCCUCGGUGAGGAGACCGUGGCGAACGGAGAUUACAUCCAGUCAUCGGAGUCCAGCAGACCGUAUCUUUCGGGACCGAUGGUGAUACGGGUCUAUCCGGACGGCCGACCGGUUCCGGAGGACCAGAAGCGCCCGUUGCCGAAGGACGAGGACGCGGAUGAGCUCAGAUAUUCCCGUCUGCCGUCCAUCGAAGAGAUCGAAGCUAAGAGCGGUAGCAAGUUCUAUGGAAAACGCACGAUCGAGCCGUCGAUGCUAAAGAGGAGGAUGUCCUUCAUCGCCGAUGACAAGAAUUAUCGGCGAUCGCAAGCGUUGCGUCUUCGCCAUCCGUUGCCCUAUGAAGGAACGAUGUUUCGGGACGCGUUGAACGAACGUAGAGUGCAUUACUAUUGAAAAGAUGUCUCGUGUGUCUCCUAUAUGAUACGAGAUACUUCCCGCAGAGCGGAUGCACCGUUUCAUGAUAAUGAGAUUUUUCGAAAAAUAAAUCGCCAUCAAGAUUCUGCGGAAAGACAGAUGACAACAACCACGUCUAUUAUCACAGACAUGGAAAACAUCUCGGGGAAAGUUGAAGAUACAAGCGGUACCAGUUGUGGUCGCGUUGUGGACGACGUAAUAAUAAUCAGCUAUAAUUACUAAUUCAUCGCGCAUUCUAAUUUAUCUGAUAUCGUUGUUGCAAUCAAUACGAAAGAGGAAUCAUCGUACACUGUUUUUCGAAAUCUCCGCACUGUCGAAUAUUAUCUAUUAUUGGAAUGAGAGAUACGGAGCAUGGAAUGUGACUGAGGAACUUCAUAUGAAAUAAGAGUUCACGAUUUGAACUACGUGAAUUGAAAGAAUUCACGGCUCAUAAAUUCUUUCGAAUUGCAUAAAUUGGAAACUUGACGAUUGGUCGGUAAUUAAAUUCCUACAUACAAACGCCGACAGGAAUACAUGUAUAUAUUCGUAUACGCAGUCUGAAUAACACUCGCAAAAUCCGACCAUGAAUAUCAUUCGAGUUCCACUUAUUUAAUUUCAUUCAUUUAUUAUAUGUAGUAUUUAUUUAAUACUCAAUGUGAUUGUCAUAUAUGGCUCAUACAGAAAACUUCGGCAAAAAAUAUCGAUGAAAUCGUAUAUUAAUUAUCCUAGGUUGUGAUGAGCUAUUAAAAUCUUAAAUCCUCGAAACUGUUAACGCAAAACAUCACGUAUUAUUUAUUUCAAUCAAUUAUUUAAAUCAAUUUGUAUUCUUCAACAA